CGAAACAGAAAACCGAAGUCUCAAAUACGAGAAAGCGCAACUGAAUUCUAAAAGGAGGCGAGAAAAGGAAAUCCUAGUCUCGCUCUCCUCACUCUCUCAAACCUGCUUCUCCAAACGCCGUCGUUCUCUUCACGCUCAAACCAAGUCGCUGCAACAACCUCCGCCACUCGCCUCUCGUAUCGUUAAUCUUCCGCCGCUUUGCUUUUCUAGGGUUUUUUUAAACUCGCCUCCUCUGAUUUGUCGUUCAUUAUUCUUCGAAGAAAAAGCCUCGUGUCUCGUUGACCACACUACUCUUAUCAGUUACUACCUGGUAAUUUUGUAGUGAACCUUGUUCAACUAUACACCCUAAUAGUAUCAUUAAUAGUAGUAACAGUAGUAUUAUACUAUUAUUAGUGUUAUUAUUUAGGUUUAGGAGAAUAGGUUUCAAGUUUUUUAGCAGGUUAAUUAACUUUUACCAAGAUAUUAGGGUUCCCUAGUAAUUUUUAGUUUAUUAUCAAAGGAAAGAACCAAGACCAUCCUGAAACUGCAAUUAGUUGUUAGGUUUGUGCAGGAAAGUUGAACUGGUGACUUUUUUUGUUUGGAUUUUGGUGGUGAAUUCAGAGAUUGAGAUACAUUGUAUGAACUGAAGGCAUUGGUUUGGAUUGUGGAGCGGUGUGAUAAUGGCAAAGAGUAGGCUUUCUGGUGGAUAUUGUGGUAAUGCAGUUGAAACAGGUGGUGUAUCAGAUGGAUCUGGUACGUCGGGACGAAUAGAUACUGAAAUUACUGUUUCGGUGGAGGACACACGGGUUUCAGGAAGGAAAUGUGUUAGUUUGAGUUCAGGUCAGCGUGGUGCGUAUGGUGUUCCGAUGCAACUUGUUCCCUUGUCUAAAUUGUCAGCCCUUCAAAGAAAAGAUCUUGUGAAUCGGUUUAAGUCUGAGCUUGAGCAGGUUCGGGGUUUUCAAAAGAAAUUUGAAAUGCCAAAGAGAAACAGUGUUUCAUUGUCGUCUUCUAGUGAGACUAUUGGUUGUAAGAAUGGCCAAAACUGUUCUCAAAUAAAGAACUCGAGAAAACCAUCAAUAUCUGGUUCAGUACCAGGGAAUAAAUUGAAACCAUUAAUUGAGACCUCUAGCAAACCAUCAAAAUUUGGUUCGGUAUCAGGGAAUAAAUUGAAACCAUUAGAUAAGAGUCAUAAGCCUCAUGUAUGGAAUCGGGGCUCUUCUGGGAAGUUUGAGGCUGCAACACAGACUUGUUUGCCAGGAACUACAAAUGCUUUGUUGAUGAAAGAUUGUGAGUCAUUGUUGACACGGAUGAGGAGUCACCAAUAUGGUUGGGUUUUUAACAACCCUGUGGAUGUGGUGAAGUUGAAUCUUCCUGAUUAUUUCAGUGUCAUUAAGCAUCCUAUGGAUUUGGGAACAAUAAAAACCAAGAUUGAAUCAGGAUCAUACACAGGCCCAUUGGAAUUUGCAGAUGAUGUGAGACUUACAUUUUCAAAUGCAAUGACUUAUAAUCCACGUGGGAAUGAUGUCCAUAUCAUGGCUAAUACCCUCAGUAAAUAUUUUGAAGUGAGAUGGAAAACAAUCCAGAAGAAGCUUCCUAGAAAAGAUUCUCUACCGGUGCCCAUGAAGAGAAACACUUGUGAAGAUGUAAAAACUACCAGAGCAAUGCCUCCUUCUAAAAAAAGGAAAGUUGCCUCACUGCCUCCUCAACCUGAAGUUAUCCCACCUGCUAAACAGGUUAUGUCGGAUCAAGAGAAGCAAAAUAUUGGUAGAGAAUUGGAGUCUUUUCUAGGAGAAAUACCAGCCCAUAUCAUUGAUUUCUUGAAAGAACAUAGUUCAAAUGGUAAAGAAUGUGGAGAAGAUGAGAUUGAGAUUGACAUUGACGAUCUUAGUGAUGGAACACUGUUCAAAUUACGAAAGCUUUUGGAUGACGUGCUCAUGGAGAAGCAAGAAAGCAAAGCAAAAGUUGAAGCGUGUGAAAUAGAGCUUUUGAAUGAUUCUGGACCAAGCAAUUCAUCAUUGCCAGCAAUUAAAGGUAAUGAUCUGGAUGAUGAAGAGGUGGACAUUGGUGGAAAUGAGUCCCCUGUCUCGAGCCAUCCUCCUGUUGUGAUUGAAAAGGAUACAACUGAUGGAAUGAACACAUGUUUAAGUCCAGGAAGCAGUGAUACAGAUUCUAGUUGCUCUUCUGAUAGUGAAUCUGAUGACGACGACGACGACGAUGAUGAUAGAGCAAUACCAGAUGAUUUAGCAAAGGUACGUGAAAACACAGGCACCGGUGGUCAGAUGGAUUUCAAGACCACACCUAUUCAUACUACUGAAAUAAAUCAGUCAGUUAAUGGCUUGGAUAAACAUGAGGAUAAAUCUCAGCCAAAGCCAAUUUCUCGUGACUCCAAUUUCUAUCAAGAUGGGGAAUGUGGUCCAACUGAGAGACAGGUCUCCCCUGAUAAACUUUAUCGAGCUGCAUUAUUGAAGAAUCGAUUUGCUGAUACUAUCUUGAAAGCUAGAGAAAAGACACUGACACAGGGUGUGAAGGGAGAUCCUGAGAAAUUGCGCCGGGAUAAGGAAAAACUGGAGAUGGAGCGACGACAAGAAAAGGCAAGGCUACAAGCAGAAGCAAAGGCAGCCGAAGAGGCUAAAAAGCGGGCAGAAGCAGAAGCUGCUGCAGAAGUCAAACGAAAGAGGGAGCUUGAGAGAGAAGCUGCACGACAAGCACUGUUAAAGAUGGAGAAAACUGUGGAAAUCGAUGAGAAUUCUCAAUUUCUGGAAGAUUUGGAAUUGCUUAGAGCUGUACCUGCUGAGCCAUUACCUAGCUCUGUAGACGAGACAAGUCCUGAUCACUCUCAGGACGGCAUGGGUAGUUUCAGGUUUGGUGGUUGUAACCCCUUGGAACAACUAGGAUUGUAUAUUAAAGUUGACGAUGAAGAGGAGGAUGGAGAUCUAGUUUGUGUUCCAAAUCCUGUAAAUGAUGUAGAAGAGGGGGAGAUUGAUUAAGAUAUGCCCACUGUAUCAUGAAUCGAAGAGCAAACUAUAUUUAUUGAUCUCCAAAUAUAUUUUAGUCAUAGUAAUGCAGCAGUUCAUCACAAAUGAGAAGGUGCAAUGUUUUCUUGUGGUAGCAGCAUUAAGAUUCUUGAACGACGAUAUUAGUUUAGUUUUGGGUUUGUCUUGGUAACAUAUUAGAGGUUUGAACAUAGUCAAGCUUCAUUUUUGGUUAUGGAAAUUGAAAUUAUUAUACAUUAGCCUUUUUGUUUCUCCAAAACUAUUAUACUAGCAAUUUACACGAGCAUCGCCCUCUGUCAUCCAAGUUGUACAAAUUGAGUUCGUACUAUUGAAUUCCUAAGAUUGA